AUGGAUCGGAGUUGGAUGCGAGAACCUACUCGAUGUUCGGACAGAUAUCAGGCUGGUGUUGAAGAAUUCAUAAGAAUGGCCAGUAAUUGUGUGGGAGUAGAUGGUGAGACAAAGUGUCCAUGUCGUAAAUGUGGAAACAAAUAUUUUCAUCAUAUUGACUUGGUAGAGCAUCACUUGUAUGUGCAUGGAAUUAAUACUAACUACACUCGAUGGAUAUUCCACGGGGAAGAAGAUCCGUGUAGGGUAAAUGUUAUUGGCAACUCGCAAUCUGUGGGUGUGAAUGAAACAAUAGAUGAGAUUGAUGAGGUUGAAGAAUUGUUAGGUGAUGUGCGUAUGGGGACAUUCUACAAUGCUAACAUAGGCGAGUCCUCUGCUGCUCAAGGUUCCACAACCGACGAUCAAUUGCCAAGAACAUCUUUUGACCGAUUAUGUGUAAAUGGCCUGAAAAAACUUUAUCCAAGCUGCAAGAAAAUUUCAAAAAUCUCUUUCAUUUUAAAGAUGCUUCAUAUAAAGGUGAUUUGCAACAUGACUAACAAGGCAUUCGAUAUGAUGAUUGACUUGAUAAAGGGGGCCCUUCCAGAUGGAGAGACCUUGCCACAAUCAUACAGAGAAGCAAAACGGUGGACCCGAGACUUGGGUGUUGGUUAUGAGUUGAUACAUGCAUGCAAGAAUGACUGUGUACUAUUCUGGAAGGAACAUGCUGAUAAAGAUAAAUGCCCAAAAUGCAACACUUCAAGAUGGAGUAUUGUCAAAGGUAGUGGUAAGAAAAUUCCUCAAAAAGUCUUGCGGUAUUUUCCAAUAAAACCGAGGUUGCAACGGUUGUUCACAUCGAAAGAUAUAGCCAAACAAAUGAGGUGGCGCAAAGAUGGACGAGAAGAUGACGGCAACACUCUCAGACACCCGGCCGAUUCCAUUGCAUGGAAAGAGUUUGAUAAGGAACAUGACUGGUUUGCUAGUGAUUCCCGCAACGUGCGACUUGGUUUGGCAAGUGAUGGUUUCAACCCAUUUGGUAAUAUGAGUACAUCAUACAGUAUGUGGCCAGUAGUAUUAGCACUGUACAAUUUAUCUCCGUGGAUGUGUAUGAAGGCUCCAAAUUUGAUAUUGGCAUUACUUAUCCCUGGACCCAUGGCCCCCGGAAACGAGAUUGAUGUUUAUUUGCGGCCGUUGAUUGAUGAUUUGCAUGAAUUGUGGAAUGAAGGAAUAAGCACUUACGAUGCAUCGACGAAAGAGACAUUUAAAUUACAUGCAGCAUUACUAUGGACAAUAAAUGACUUUCCUGCGUAUGGAAACUUGUCUGGGUGGUCUACCAAGGGAAGGCUUGCAUGCUCGGUGUGUAACAAGAAUACAACGUUCAAGAGAUUGAAGUAUGGGAAUAAGACGUGUUACAUGGGUCAUCGUAGGUGGCUUCCUAGGAGUCAUAUAUGGCGCCGAAAAGGAGAAUUGUUCGAUGGUACUGAGGAGCAUAGAUUAGCACCUCAAGAAUUAUCAAAAGAUGAGCUGUUGCGGCAACUCGAUCGCGUUACAGGUGUGCAGCUUGGAAAAGGAAAUGGGACAAAGAGAAAGCGCACAAAUGAUGAGUUGAAUUGGAUGAAGAAGAGUAUUUUUUUUGAGUUACCUUACUGGUCAACAUUAAAACUAAGACACAAUUUAGAUGUAAUGCAUAUCGAGAAGAACAUAUGCGACAGUGUAUUAGGUACAUUGAUGAAUAUUGAUGAGAAGACAAAGGACACAUACAAGUCACGAUUAGAUUUGCAUGAGAUGGGUAUUCGUAGGGAAUUGCAUUUGCAGGGAAGUGGUGCAAAGGCGAAAAUGCCACUUGCAAAGUAUACUUUGACAAGAGAUCAAAAGAAAAGGUUGUGUGAUUGGUUGAAAGGAGUUAAGUUUCCAGACGGGUAUGCAUCUAACAUUGGUCGGUGUGUGAACAAGCUGCCCGGCAAGCUUUCGGGAAUGAAAAGCCACGAUUCUCAUGUCUUCUUACAACGCUUACUUCCUGUUACAAUCCGUGGGUAUGUAAAGCCUGAAAUACAAACAACGUUUACUGAGUUGAGUACUUUUUUUAAGCAGUUGUGUGCACGGACAUUGAAAGCAGAUGUCUUGAAGCAAAUGAAGGACAACAUUGUCAUAAUCUUGUGCAAGUUGGAACAAAUAUUUCCACCUGCGUUUUUUGACAUUAUGGUCCAUGUAGCAAUUCAUUUACCUCGAGAGGCUGAGCUUGCGGGACCAGUGCAAUACCGUUGGAUGUAUCCAAUUGAAAGGACACUUGGUAGAUAUAAGAGGUAUGUACGGAACAAAGCGCGACCGGAGGGUUCAAUUGUCGAGUGCUACAUUGCUAAUGAGUGCUUGACCUUUUGCUCAAUGUAUCUUCGUGAUAUUGAGACAAGAUGGAAUCGUGCCGAGAGAACGAAAUUGGUAACACUUGAUGAGAAUCUUUUUGCAAGGGCUAAAUGGUAUGUGCUUAGCAAUUGUAAGGACACCGAUUCAUACUUGAAUGAACACUAUAAGUUGAUUGAACAAGAUGGCUACCAUGACAUUCAGAAGAAGCAUGAGGCUAAUUUCGAGCGUUGGUUUAGAGAUAAUAUAUACCAUGGUGCACGCAAUGCAGGAAAUGUCCCAAAACCAUUAUAUGAUCUAGCAUGCGGGGCUGAACGUCAAGUUAGAUUUUAUAGAGGUUGUAUUGUGAAUGGGGUUAGGUUUCACACAAAAGAAUGUGCACAAAAUCGUACUACCCAGAACAAUGGAGUUGUUGUUCGAGGUGAGCACAACAAUUCAAUCAUUGAGUUCUAUGGUGAGCUGAGGAACAUUUUUGAGUUACGUUAUCCUGGCACAAAUCGGGUGUUCCUGUUUGAGUGUGAUUGGUGGGACAUUGGGAGUACGAGGGGAAUGAAAAUGGACAACGGCUUUACGAUUGUGAAUACUUCUCGUAAAUGGUACGAGUUUGACCCGUUCAUUUUAGCAACUCAAGCUGCGCAAGUGUUUUACUUGAAUGAUCCCAAAUUAGGUGAUAGUUGGAAAGUGGUGCAGAAGUUGACCAAUAGAAACAUAUACGAUGUUCCAGCAAUAGUGGAGAGAGAUGAUGACCAAGGUAUGAACGUUGAUGUAUACCAGGAGCAUGUAUGUGAUGGGGGAAAUAUUGCCAUUGUUGAAGACUCCACUAUAUUAUGUAGAGAUGAUCCAACAAUACCUAUUGAUGAAUUAUAUGUGCAACUUGAUCCAAAGUUGUUCGUUGACAAUAACCCGCCGAUUGAAGAAUACGACACAAACUCCGACGAGGAGGAGGAGUUAUCUAGCAACAAUGAUAUGGACUCUGAACAUGUAGACGACUCUGAUUACAAAGAUUCAUCUUCAAGCGACAGUGAUGCAGAAUAUGAUGAUGACAUGUGUCAAUCAAGAAAAUUAGACAUGAAUAAAGGAAAACGAAUACCAAAAACAUCUACUAAGCAGAAUCGUAGUCGGGGCUUAGGCCGGGGCCAUGUGGAGGACCUCCCAAUGCAGGUGGACAACCAUCAUGUCGAGGAGCAGCCAUAUGCCGCACUUACUUCAUCGGUGGAGGGUCAUCAUGUCGAGGAGCAGCCAGAUGCCGCACUUACUUCGCAGGUGGAGGGCCAUCAUGUCGAGGAGCAGCCAGAUGCUCCACUUACAUCACAGUCUGAUGCCGCACACUCAUCGGUGGGAUCUACCACAUCUAUUAGGCGCGGAAGAGGAAAGAACAAAAAUAAGAAGCUGAAGGAACGAACGAAGAAUGGUCCCAUUGAUAUCGAGUUCGAGGGUGAGGAGCGAUAUCCAUCCGGCGAUAAUGCCGGUUUUUUCUCGAGGUUGAUUGGUUAG